UUGAAAAUCCGUCGCUUCUCCUGUCCGUCCUGCACGUGACGUUUCCCAGUUUCGUCGAAGAGGCGCGAAAAAAAGGAAAGUUAAAGUCGAAAACCGACAACACAUCGAAACGAGUACCGUACGCGGGCGACUUUAAUCAGUGUUCGUUAAAAACAUUCACCGAUUAACCUUCUUCGAGCCGUUGGCGAACGUCCCUCUUUGGUAUCCGGAUCGCUGAAAAAACGUUGAACCGCGCUUUUCGACUCGAUAACAGUGCGUGCGAGUCCGCGCAGUCAUAUACACGCGCGCGAUUCCACGCGUGUAGUAUACGUGUGUGUGUUUACUAGUGGUGAUCUGUGUUGACUGUGCAGCGAGCAACAACCACGACAACGGUGAUUCUAGGUUACAUCGAAUUCGUCGGCGACCGAUUGUUGUUACCGGCUACUUUAUAGACAUGCCUGGAUUGGAGAGCAACAGACGGCGGCAUUAGGUGACACACCGGCGCAAACGAUACACACACGCACACGACAGGCGCGCGAACAAGUAUGGCAAGGAUAACUGUCGCGUGGCUUUGGUGCUUGCUAUGCGUGUCUUCGCAUCUUCGUGGCGUUGUCUCGAAAGCUGGCCUGUGCGAGGUGGAGUCGGGUCAGUCCAACAUUAUUCUUGAUAUCGAGGAGAGCAGAGGGAAUGCGAUCGAUCAGAAGACCGUACCGGAGGAACUUCCGGUAUCUGGCGAUCCAUACAACGAGACCAUGCUGGAGCUGAUUUUUCCUGGAAGGCAGCCACGUUUCAAACUGAACGGCAAGAAACUGCAGCUUCUGGAACCAUUAGACAGGGACGCCGAAAAUCUUUCUCACGUCGUUUUUCAGUUGAGCUGCACUGUGAAGCAGACGAACAAGAAGCGCACCAUACCGGUGAUCGUGCGAGUCUCGGAUAUAAACGACAAUGCCCCGAUAUUCAUUAACACGCCUUACGAGACCACAGUGCCAGAGUUGACGCCGGUCGGUUCGACCAUAUUUAAGAACAUAGUCGCCGAAGACGCAGACGCUGGCGUGAACGGUAUCGUCGAGUACUCGAUAGCGCCUGGAGACGGAACUGGGAUCGGCAACAAUGACGAAGUCGGUCGAAAUAGAAUCACGACGGCCGAUGGAUACGGUUAUUUCAGCAUUAACCUGCCUCAUCAAGGCCAGGUUACUGUCAACCGGACCCUCGACUUCGAGAGAACGCAGCGUUACCUAGUCACCAUUUUGGCUUCGGAUCGAGCCAGAAACGUGUCCGAUCGAUUCACGUCCACUACUACUUUGACAGUGAAUAUUAGGGACGACGAUGAUCAAGAUCCUUCCUUCAUCUAUCAAGGUUGCAUGCUUUUGGACGGUGCCUGCAUCAAUCCGGAAUAUUCAGCGUCGGUAUCCAGCGGAGUAUUAUCCGGCAUACUCAAUAUAUCGCCGGAGAAAAUACAAGCGGUGGAUAUGGACAGCAUCAACGCGCCCAUUCAUUACUCGUUUCUCAGCGGCAAUCCGCCGAAUUAUCGCGAAUUCUUCGAAAUAAAUCCGAGUACAGGCGCUGUCAAGCAAAUCAAAGCAGUCGAUACGACGGUCACGAAAAAGUUCGAUAUUAUCAUUAAGGCCGUCGAGGUAUCUGAAGCGAAACGAUCGGCCACAGCUAAAUUGACUAUUACCGUGAAGCCAGUCGACAGCAAUCCUCCAAUUAUAACGGCGUCGAACGUGGAAGGUUUCGUCGACGAGAACGCUCCGAUCGGUACAAAGGUUAUCGACAAAAAUGGCGACCCCAUACUACUCACCGUUUCAGACGCUGAUUUGAGCCCGGAGGAUCCAAAGCCAGCGUACACGUUCGAGCUGACAUCGAAUUUCUUCGCGAUCGAUCCUUCCGGAGCGUUGAUCGUGAACGAGGAGAAUUUGGAUCGAGAUCCUCCGAGUCCUGGUCGUUUUCGUUUUCAAGUGGUCGCCAGAGAGAAAACGGGUGUCGCGGCGUCCACGCCAUUGUCGUUCGUUGUGACUUUAAACGACGUUAACGAUAACGCUCCUAUGCUUCCUAUGACGGCACCGAUCACUGUCCAAGCCGGCGAAACAAAACGAGUGGUAACGAAGGUGGAAGCAACGGACAACGACCAGGGAGAAAACGCUGAAAUAACGUACAGUAUUUACCACGUAUCGAACAACGGGCUGCUUAAAUUUAAAAUCGAUCCACACACCGGCGUGAUCGAGUCCGUGAGGAAAUUGAACACUGGCGAACAGUACAGUAUUACAGUCCAAGCGACGGACAAAGGCGGGAAAUAUUCGCAAACGAUCGUCGAGGUGAACGUGAUUCCCGGACCCAACACCAGAAGUCCUGUGUUUCAACAAUCGGUGUACGAAGUACAGGUCAGCGAGGGAGCCUCGAUCAAUUCCACAGUUGCAACAAUCACUGCGAUCGAUCCGGAGAACGACCCGGUCUCGUACUCAAUCGUUUCUGGCAAUGAUCUGCGCCAGUUCGCGAUCGGCGAUAAAUCGGGCGUCAUUACCGUUAUAAGGAAGUUGGACAGAGAGGACCUGACCCGUUAUCAGCUGCUGAUAAAGGCGGAGGAUUCCGGGGGGCUGUUCGGUACGGCAACGGUGAACAUCAAGGUGACUGACAUCAACGACAAAAAUCCGGAAUUCGUCGACUUGCCGUACGAGUUCACCGUGAAAGAGGGAGAGGCGCGAAAAUUGAUCGGUCGUGUGCACGCAGAGGACGCGGACGAAGGCAUCAACGCCGAAAUUACGUAUUUCGCGCCGGACGAUAUCCCGUUCACCGUGGACCCGGAAACUGGAGACGUGCUUACGAAAAUAGUGUUAGACUACGAGCAAAACGAUGAAUAUAAAUUCGUGGUUACCGCGAGAGACGGCGCUCCAGAUUAUCGUCUAGCCACUGCCACCGUGACGGUGAAAGUCGUGGAUGUCGAGGAUGAGAUUCCCGUUUUCCAUCAAAGUAGCUACGAGGCUCGUGUCAAGGAAAAUAUGCCGGAUUACACCGUUGUUCAAGUGACGGCCGACGAUCCGGACACGAAGAAGCAAAUCACAUACAUGAUCAAACAAGGCGAUACGGAACUGUUUGGCAUAGAUCCAAAGACUGGCGUGAUAAAAACUAUUCGUGGUUUGGACUACGAGAGAGAGAGCCAGCAUAUUCUGAUCGUUGGUACCGUGGAGAACACAAGCGAUUUACCUGGUUCCACCACCAGAGUCGUGGUCAACGUUCAGGACGUUAACGACAUUCCACCGGUGUUCACGUCAGUUCCACGUCCGAUUACUUUAGACGACGACGUUCCCAUCGGCACGACGGUCAUCAAUCUCAUAGCAACAGAUUCCGAUGGCACGGCUCCUGGAAAUCAAGUGAGAUAUGAAAUUAUCGGCCGCGGAAUAGCCAGCAAAUACUUCGUGAUCGAUCCGGACACCGGUGUGCUCAGAAUACGAGACGAUUUACGAAAAGAAACGGACACCGAGUAUCAGGUCGACGUGCGUGCGUACGAUAUGGGAGAACCUCAACUAUCGUCCGUGACUACGGUGCCGAUUUUCGUCCGCCACGUCGCCACGGUUCCACCAGAAAUCGGUCUGGGCUUCGCAGAAAAUUCGUACAACGUCGAGGUUCCCGAAGACGCGGGCGACAACACGCUCAUCAAGAUAAUCACGAUCAUUAAUAGUCACGCACACGACACCACGCCACUGAAAUGCGAGAUCUACAGCGGCAACGAGAACGGAUUGUUCGAAGCAAACGUGACGGAAGAAAGGAACUGCGCUCUGAGGCUGAAGAAAGGAGCUUUGGACUACGAAACGACCGAGUCCUACCAGAUUAAGAUCAAACUAGAGUCUCUGUCCGGUCUCUUGAAUUCUGGGAGAAACACAACAAUGGUGAAGAUUCAAGUGCUCGAUGUGAACGACAAUAAACCAGAGUUCAUCUUCCCGGAGGGCAGUAAAAAGUUGGCGAGGGGGCGUUAUUUCGCGGCGAUCCCGCGAACGGCGCAAUUUGCAUCCACCGUGAUACAAGUGAAGGCCCACGACAAGGACAACGGGAAAUACGGGAAGCUGGAGUACAAAAUCCUUGGCGGACGUGGAUCGGAUUACUUCGCCAUGGACAGCUCUUCCGGAAUAAUUAGGACGACCGCGACGUUCGAUAAUAUAGAUCCGACGGAGCUUCCAUUCAAAUUCGAUGUGCGCGUCCGGGACAACCCUAACUCCACCGACAACUUUAACUCGAUCGUCGCCCCAGUUAUCGUGAACUUAAUUGGCGAAGAGAAUCUGAUGAUCCUGGUCGUUCAAGACGCGGCGCCCGACGCGUUGCAAAAGGAGGCCGAUAAAAUUGCUGGUAUCAUCGAGGAAAAGAGCAACCUUCUGAUAGGCGUCGAUAGGAUCGCCGUCAGGAAGAAUCUGACCAGGAAUGGCACCGUUGAAAUGUAUCCCCAGGACUCCGACGUUUGGUUCUACGCGGUCGAUCCGGACACGGAAGCCAUUUUGGAUAGGAACAACUCGCGCGUUCUAAGGUCGAUCAUAGAGAAGCCAGCAAUGACGAACAUCACUUUCGACGUGUCCACGUUGGUUCGCGCGAACGCCAUAGACAUUCACGCACCCAUGAUGCCACCUGAACCUGUGCGUACACAAACUGCCAUCGCCUUCAGCGGCGAAGUGUUCCCGUACGCGUUGAUAAUCAUCGCCUGUGUCAUAUUGAUCCUUGGCAUCGCUGGCAUCAUCUACAUCUGCGUCUCCUGGUCCAGAUACAAGGCGUAUAAGGAACGAAUGCAGCGUAUGUAUGUCGUGCCUCGUUACGAUCCCGUCUACGUGGAACCUAAUCUGAAGGAAUACGAGACGCAGGUGCUUCAAAUGAGCGUACCCGUGGACGACAACGACAGUUACAACGAUCUACAGCUUGAUUUCAGCAACAAGAACCACGCGUUUAGCUUGGACAACGUCAGUUACAUUACCAAAGAUCACGGAGAAAGUACUGGUCAACAAAGUCCGGUGAGCUCGGAGGCGGCGACCACGGCGCGUGCUUCCAGCAUAGUUGGGACUCACGGAGACGCGAACAUCCACUCCCUGCGACGAUCCACCCUCGGUAGAAAGAACCACAGCACGAGCAACGCAAAUACGUUGAGCAAUCACGAUGCGACGCCGGUCUUGAACCCCCUUUACAACCGCGGCGGCGAUCUGCUCAGUCCCAGUCCAUCGAACGACAACGUGACGUUCAGAGAAAGGAAGGAUUACUCUCAUCUCGGAUUCACGUACUUGGGCGAACAGAGCCCGGUGGAGACCACCACGGAAUUGUAAACAGAACUAACCGCGGAUACGGAGUUGGUGUUUGAUGCUCAACCCGCGAAACUGUUGGCGGUUUUAUCAAGUUGAGUUGUACCAUAACGAAGAAACUUUACAGUGACUCGCGAUGGAAUUCUUACGUGGAAUUGACUUUUCGAAUUGGUCGGCGCGCCGCGACGUCGAGGGAAAGCGACCUCCCGCUUGUAAGCAACCGGUUCUACCCGCGUAGAUGAAACAGAAAAUCGUCACUUUGUUUCGUCUACUGCUGCAGUGGUUCUUAGGAAUAUUGAAACCUUGUAAUAUUCUCCUUUUUUUUAUUAAUGGUAGAAUCAUGAGUGUGUCAAAAUUUUUAGGUUCGACUUUAGGUACUUCCCUGGGAGCGCAGUGUUUGGAUACUCUCGAGGUAAUGAAAACUAAAAUUCGUACUUUUAUCAGUGUAUUUUUCUGGGAAUAUUUACCUAUUGUGUGAUAUUUUUCGGUUGUUAUUUCAAACAGUGAAAUAAUUUUAUUAUUCGAAGCGCUUGUCGUUUAAUCCCUUGCCGUACAAUGACAAUUCUAAAUAUAUAAAAUUACUCCUUUUGAAUUUCUUCGUAUAUUAAGGGGCCAUUCAACUUUGUAGGCAAGAAAAAUACUUGUUUCUUUGUGAUUUCUUUUUUUUGCGGGCUAUUAAAGAGAUUUCGAGUUUUGUGGAUAUAUUUAUUAUAUAUUUAACUAUAUUUACAAAUUUUUGCAACGUAUAAUAUCUAUUGAUUACGCAGUUUUUGUGGAUCAACGAACAACAGUUUUUACGAACUUUGCCCGACUGCGUAGGUAAUAUUUUGCGAACAAUUUAUCCGAAAUCCAAAAACCAAAGAUAUUCUCAAUAUAGAUUAGUUUGGUUAUCGCAUGAAUUAGGAUAUUUUCAAAAAAAACAAAGAAUGACAAAAUGACAGUUAUUUUACGAAAAAAUACUGAAUAUUUUCAUAUAUUCGGCUGCUUUUUGGUUAAUAAAAGAAAAAGUAUUGCAUAUAUCGCAAUUAUCCUAGUUCAUGCGAUAGAGGGACCAGUUAUUUAAGAUACUGUAUAAAUUUGAUGUUGAUAUCUUGAAUAGUUUUCAUGUUAUUGUCUACGCAGUGUCGAAAAAUGUAGUUUCGAGAAAAGCAGCUUUAAAGUUUCACGUCCAGUUCGUUAGUUUUCCGAAUUUCAACUUAAUAUUUGGUAGAUAUAUUUUCGAACCCACAUACUAAAAGCAAACGCAAAAAAAGCAAAAAAAUUCGAUUUUUUAAAUCUUACAAAGUAGAAAGGCCCCUUAAGAAAUACACGUUUAAUUUUCUAAAUUCUUCUUCCAAAUUAACCCUUUGCCGUACAAUAACGAGUCUUACUCGUCACAAAUUCUUGAUGUCAAGUUUCACAAUCAUGAGACUACACAUCAAGUCUUAAUAUAUUAAAAUCAACACAUUUUUCCAUUCACGAGGUAUUCGUAAACCAAAUCUAUUCUUUUUGACUACACGUUUUUCUACGCGUUUGAAAAAUUACAUUAAAUCGUGCGUUAAGGGGUUAACAUAAAAGACUGAAGCGUCCUUUAAAAUGGUUAUUUCUUAUUCUGAUUAGAAAUAAAGUCUGCUCAGUCCUGCCGUGAUAUAAAAUGUAUCCCUAGAAAAGGAAUCCUACCUUUCCCAAACAUAUGAAAAGUAACGGACCCAAUUUGGUUUCUUAUAAGCGGGAGUUAUUGCAAAUUUGCAGAGACGUUUAUUCACCGGAGGAUCGCACCGCCCCCGCGAGUGAUUAUCCCUCGAGUCGCGUACUGACAGAACUGAGAACAGAUACCAAUGCAUUUCUAAAUAAUUACAAAAUUUGUUCCGCAUGACGUACUUUGAAUCGACUUGUCCCGAUGAAUACAACGCCACGCGUGCUCGUCGCGUCAGAAACGGGGUCGCGAGUAUUUUCCACGAGCGACGAACAAAAACCCCCGCGUUUCUUUCUCCGUCCUAACAACGCCCCGAAAGGUAUUUGUCUUUGCGCGUAGAGUUGGGAAUUGUUCGAGUAUUAACCGAAAACAAAGUUAAAGAAAAAAGAAUUACGCAUGUUCGAAAAUUCGAGUAAUCUCAGCUCGUGCAGCAAGCCAAACGCUAUUAGAAAUAAUAUUCGUAGUAACGGAAGCCCGAUUCGAUAAAAAGGCGGGAAACGUUAUUUUCUCGUCCUCAGACUGUACAACGAAAUCGCCAUCGAUUUACAAGACAACGAUUUUUAACGUGAUUUACGCGUCUUGCUCCAACGCAAUACUGUUUGUUACGGUGUCAAAUAUAAUUUAAUGACCUAAUUUAUGAUACCGAUAUCCCCCCAUCAAGCGACUUUUAUAUUGUAUCUAUAGUGUGAAAUAUUUUAUUGCCCGCCCCCUCUGCCCCCCUCUGCCCCCUCCCAAUUCUCGAUGGCGUAACCACGAUAGUCCGUCGAUUUUAUUUCUUUACGCGACGUGUUUAUAUCUCUUGUUUUCUCUUAAAACGUUAACGUCCAUUCUUUUCGCGAGAUUCGCGAGGAAACGUAGAAUCGAGUCAACGUACCCGUCCAACGUAGCUGUAAGGAAUUGAUAAAAAAUUAUAGAUUUAUAACAGAUAUGUUUGUAUACAUGUUGUAUGUUGUGUGUGUAUUAUAUAAACGUCAUCGGCCCGUGAAACUUAUUAUAUGUAUAUGUAUGAGAAAACCUACGUAAAACCAUUGUAUAAUAAUAUCGUUCUAUUUAUAACUGUGCGGUUGCUCAUAUUAUUUUAUUAUUUUUAACGACAUUCGACCGAUGAUACACGUCGUUGUUUGUAUCCGCGUCGGUGCAGAACUAUCCUUUAACAAUGCACGUAUCAGUUUUCCGCGUCCUCUCGUUCGGGACGUAGGCGUUUAUACCUUUUUGUUUUUUUUUUUUCUCUCUCUUGCGGCUUCGGAAAUUCGACUGCAGCCGACAGCUGGCGAUCGAGCUGGUAGAAAAAUGUGAUUCAACGGACUGUGUUCUAGAGCGACCGUUUCGCGGCGGUCACUUUACGGUUAAUCGAAAAGCGUACUGUUUUCAAACACGUCAAGAUAUUGGACAUGGUAUUGUUAAACGUAGAACGAGUCGAGCGCGUUCACCGUGUCAAAGUAUUGUGCACUGCUGGAAAGAAAACAUGCUCCGCCCAAUCUCCAGCCAAUAAUACACGACGCUCGUCUUUUCAGCUUUGCACAGUAUCGUGGUUGGAUUAAACUCAAUUGGCUACACGUUCACGAAUCCGAAAAUCUGUAAAAUUCGAAAAAUUGCGUGGAGUAGCUCAUCCGUAACAAAAAUGUUUUUUGAACAUUUUUAGACCCGUGGAAGAUAUCGAAAACAACCAAUGGUACGCAAAGGUAUUUUUGAAAAUAGAAUAAGUAUAAUCUUCCAAUCGUUUCGAGCGGAUAAUUGUUUUUGAUCCGACUAUGGGAACCGUAAGUCUAAAGACAUUGUACUUAACACGAUAAUCGAAUAAUUAAAAUUUAUUAUAAAAUUACGCGACAAGUCGAGCCUGGUAUUUGAUAAUUCGUACUUUAGUUAGAUUAUAAUGCAGGAUUCUGUAUGUGUCGCCAGUCCGUUGACUAGAGCGUUAACAUCCACUCGUAGUUGUGUAUUGUUUAAGAUGACCGAGAUAC